CUGGGUUGAGAACUGACUGCCUCCUAGGGCCGCCAGCUUCCCUUUCUUUGCCUGAAGAAGAACGAAAGAACAUACAUUUCAUACAAAUACUCUCCCUCCUUUGAAUCACCAACUUUUCCUCCCUCAUUCCAUUCCAUGUACAACUUUUCAAUUAUCAAUUCAUGAAUGGAGAACUCUCACUCUUCCCCUUUCGCCAUUGCCCCCACAAAAACAUGAUACGGAUCACGACGGCCACCCUUUCCGUCACUUCAAUUAUCAACUCAUCAUCGCCAGGUCAGUCUGCUUUCAUCUCUCUAUCUUCUCUAUUCAUUUUCAGAUCUCUCUCAUCAUCCGUCGCCACAGCCUUCAUCAAGCAACAACACCCUUUUGAUCUCUCCUCAGCCAAUUUAGCGCCGCCAUGCGAUCUUACAUCUCAAAUCAUAUCCAUUCUUUCUCGACCCACUUGGAGAAACGACCCGUCUCUCAAGAAACUAGUCCCAUCUGUAUCGUCUUCCCAUCUCUCCUCUCUUUUCAUCCACAAUCCUCAUCUCAACCCAGAUACUGCUAUCGCUUUCUUCAACUAUCUUACCCUCAGACCCACAUUCAAACCCAGUGUCCAAGCUUAUUCAUCCCUUCUCACCAUUCUAAUCUUGAACAACCGUCUUCGCGUGGCCGAGAAUAUUCGUAGUUCCAUGGUUAAAUCUUGCGAAUCUGUGGAAGAUGCUCAAUUUGUUAUUGGGUUGUUGAGAAAAAUGAACGAUGAUGAAGGUGAAUUCACAUUUAAGAUCACACUUAAGUGUUAUAAUUGGUUGUUAAUGUCAUUGUCCAAGUUUCUUAUGAUUGAUGAAAUGAAGCGUGUGUACAGAGAUAUUCUUGAUGAUAAGAUUUCUCCUAAUGUAUAUACAUUCAAUACAAUGAUUAAUGCUUAUUGCAAGAUGGGUAAUGUGAAAGAGGCUGAGUUAUACCUGAGUAAAAUUUUGCAAGCUGGGUUGACUCCUGACACUCAUACCUACACGUCGUUUAUACUUGGAAACUGUAGGAGGAAGGAAGUUGAUAGCGCAAUCAAGGUGUUUGAUUUUAUGCCACAGAAAGAUUGUAAACGUAAUGCAGUUUCCUAUGCCAAUCUUAUUCAUGGUUUAUGCGAAGCUGGUAGGAUUGAUGAAGGUCUCAAGCUAUUCUCCAAAAUGGAGGAGGAUAGUUGUCAACCGACUGUUCGGAUAUUUACUGUCCUGAUUCACGCUUUAUGUGAGUCACGUAGGCACACUGAAGCAUUGGAUCUAUUUCACAAAAUGGCGGAGAAAAACUGUGAACCAAAUGUUCAUACUUACACAGUUUUCAUCGAUAGUUUGUCCAAGGACAAGAAAUUUAGUGAAGCCAGAAUAAUGUUGAAUAAGAUGUCUGAAAAGGGUUUGAUUCCUACUGUAGUAACGUAUAAUGCUUUAAUUAACGGAUACUGUCAGGAAGGUAUGGUUGAUGCUGCAUUUGAGGUAUUUAGCCUGAUGGAAUCGAAAAACUGUUUCCCAGAUGUUCGAACAUUCAAUGAGUUGAUUUGUGGGUUUUGUAAGGUGAAGAAGGUUCACAAGGCAAUGAUAUUACUUAAUAAGAUGAUGGAGCAUAAGUUAUCUCCUAGUCUAAUAACUUAUAACCUGUUAAUAAAUGGGCAGUGUAUAGAGGGUCAUCUCGAUAGCGCUUUUAGGUUAUUGAAUUUGAUGAACGACAAUUUUGUGGUACCAGAUCAGUGCACUUACGGUAGUCUUAUAGAUUCUCUAUGUAAAAAAGGAAGGAUGACUGAAGCUCUUUCCCUUCUCGAUUCCCUCAAGGAGAAAGGUAUAAAGGCAAAUGAAGUGAUAUAUACUACUUUAAUAAAUGGAUGCUGCUUGGAAGAGAAAUUUGAUUCGGCUCUCUGUUUAUUCGAAAGGAUGGUUGCAGAGAACUGCUUUCCUAAUUCACAUACUUUAAAUGUUUUGGUAAAAGGGUUGUGUAAAAAGGGUGAAUUACAUGAAGCUUCGAGGAUAAUAGAGAGGAUGGUAAAUAUGGGUGUCACGCCCACAGUUGUUACUUACUCAAUACUUAUUGACCAUUCCUUGAAAGAGUAUGACUUUGAUCACGCUAACAAGAUAUUCGAUCAAAUGAUUUCCUUGGGGCACAAGCCCGACGUGUGUACUUACACAUCAUUUCUUGUAGCAUAUUGCAACCAAGGAAAGUUAAAAGAUGCAGAGACAAUGAUGGCUAAAAUGAAUGAUGAGGGUUUACAGCCAGAUGUGAAAACCUAUACUGUUUUAAUUGAUGGGUAUGCUCGAGCUGGAUUUAUUGAUCGUGCAUUUGAUAUAUUAAGAUCAAUGGUCCUUGCCGGUUGUGAGCCGUCUGAUUAUACAUACUCUUUGUUAAUCAAACAUCUCACAAAAGGCAAGUCAAUUUCAAAUGUCAAUCAGAUCAACAUUGCUGAUGUGUGGAAGAUAAUGGAAUUUGAUACUGCAUUGGAGCUGUUCGACAAAAUGCUUGCACAUGACUGCACACCUGAUGUGAAUACUUAUGGCGCAUUGAUUAAGGGACUUUGCAGAGAAGGUCGGUUUGAAGAAAGCUGGAGAUUGGUGGAUCACAUGAAGGAAAGAGGAAUACCUCUUAGUGAAGAUGUAUAUGACUCACUUCUCAAGUGUUGUUGCAAAAUAAAAAUGUACUCGAAAGCUCUUACAAUUGUGAAUAAUAUGAUUGAAUACGGGGUUUUACCGCAUUUAGACCUGCAAAUUAGGAUUAUCUGUGGAUUAUAUGAAGAAGGGGAUGUUGAAAAUGCUAAAGAGGCGUUUGUUUGUCUCCUCAAUUAUGGGUACAAUCAUGAUGAAGUAGUGUGGAAGCUUCUGAUUGAUGGGUUACUAAAGAGGGGGCUUCAUGAAAGAUGCUUUGAAUUGGUGAAAAUCAUGGAGGAAAAUGGUUGUCAGCUUAGUCCUCAAACAUAUUCAAUGGUGGUUGAGAGUUUAGAAAAAAAAACAUGAGUUUUCAUAUGUAUCAGAGUUGAAUUCUUUAACUGUUUCACAUGAGCUUCCUUGGAUCUUUCUCACAUGUGUCUUCAUGCAUGGAUCCUCCCUGAUUUGGGAUUGUAUUUUGAGAUGGGACAUGUCACUGGAUGUUUUAAUCUUGGGAGUAUUUAAGAUCCUGAAGUGCUCCUUUUGCAUUAGGGCACGGUUCUAGGAUGAAUGGCACAAAUGUAAAAUGUUGACUCUCUUCUGUAAAGCGAUAUUUUCAGGAAGGGAUGAAUUCUAUAUGGCAAACAUGCUAAUUAUCAUGUGAAUUCCCAUAUAGUGAUGAGCUCCAUAAACAGUGAAGAGUUCCAGUUAUGGGCAGAGUUUAUUGACUCUUUGCUCUUUAUGAGAAAAAGGUAUGGAAGAUAGUAUUCUUCCAUUUUCUCUGGUGAUUGCCAUCUUCAUUCAUCACUGUAAUACCUGAGGAACUCAAUAUGCUGCUUGUUAAUCUUUUGAUUGAUUGGAAUGUUCACUCGAUCAGAGAUUCAAGGGUUCUGCCAAGUGACUGCUGCCUGUCAAAUGAAUGAGCAUUUUGUUCAAUUGAAUAAAUCAUCAAAUGAAAACCUCACGCACGGUUCUGGAACGGAGUUUCUUUGAUUCGAAUUGCGACCGUAAUGGAUGUUAGCUCAAUCCGAAGGAAAUUAGCCAAGGUCUUAAAGCUCAAAAGUGAUCUUGCUUCUCUUACUAAGGUGUUUACAGACAAGUACUUGAAGAAAUAACAUAAACUGCUUCAUCUGCUGUUGGGAAACCAAAACGAGCCUUUGAAUUGCCAUGAUUCCAUAAAGAAGAUUUCUUAGAGGUGGAGGAUCAAUAGACAGUGUGGGCUUUCAGCGAUCAUUUCCCAGCAAAUGCAAACCAAGUUAUAGUUCAUUCAUUGGACAACUUUUGGGGACGAUUAGUUUUAUAAUAUCACUUCUUAGCAAAAAAAUAAUAUCAGAACCAUCAAUAUCCUCUCGAAUGCCUCACGAAAUAUCCUAAUUGGGAAAUAAGUUCAGUUGCGGUUCUAACUGCCAAUUCUUUCCAACACAAUCACUACACGCUGCUUCUAAGAGUGGGCUUUGGUUAAUUUAAGCUUAGAUUCCCUUAUC